AAUGGACAGCUCAUCCGAAGAAAAUAAGUCUGCUCUAGAAGACGAUGAGUCUUUUGAAAGGGAUUAUGUAGUCACACAUAAUAAAGAUGGUACACCUCUCAGCAAAGACCACGAGGAAUGCUUGAUUCAGAAACUUAUUAGACUCAAAAUGGAAGCUGACAAGAAAGUUGAGGAAGAAAACAAGGAAACACUUCCACCAGUCGACCUGAGUCUUAAAGACAAAAUUAUUGAUGAAGAACUCGAAGAGUAUAUUGACUUCCUUGUCCUAACUCUUGAUGAAAACAGAGACAUCCUUUAUCUUCUUAUGUUCAUUGCCGCAAUUGAGGAUGACGAGAAGCUGACCAUCUCUAUUAAGGAGAAGACGGAUAAUUUUGAAGGGUACAAUACUCCUGAAAACCAGAAUGAUCUGAAUAACUUAGCUGAACUACUAACGAACGAUCCCCUUAUUCUCAACCGUGCGUUUAUCCAUGCUAUAAAUCUCAGAAGCAUUCCGAUUAUUGAAUAUAUCAUUAAAGGGGCUGAAAAUUUGUACUUAAACCCUUCGAUAGAUGAUGCGCAUAUUCUGAAACUAGUAGAGGAUUACAAAGAUCCGAAAUGAAUCCAAAUUCUAAAAUUAAUUUGCAUCAAGGAAAUCACGCUGAUAAAUGAUGAAGAGAUAACUCUGGAUUUAUCUAUGAACAAUCAUACUGAUUUAGACUCCUCCAUUAGAAAGAGCAGUAACCUGUUUUUAGGCCAAAGGAUGAACUCCAAACCUAUUGAGAGCUUGGGUCAAGAUAAACUUGGAAUCAGCAAAUUCAAAGACCAAACUUUGAAAAAUAAGAAGAGAAAGAGAAAUGGAAGCGUACGAGUCUCUCCCAAGAAAAAUCAACCUAAGAAGAAGAGUAAACCCCUCCCUCCAAAACCAGAGUAUAAGAAGAAAAAGAGCCCUUUUAACAAGUUCCUCGAAAAAUCAGAUAUUAUAGAGGUAGCUAUCAGAGCUGCCCAUAUCUCUGAUGAUCAGGAAAUGGAGCUUAUCACUGAACUGUAUGACUUGCUUACGACACCUACGAGCGAAACAGUUGCAUUGUAUAAGCUUCUGAUCUACUACGAGCAAAUCCAAACUUUCGAGCUGACCCUUAAAAAUAGAAUAAAGCAUGGGGUAUCCAAAGAUCGGACUAUGGUCACCGUGCGUGACUUGGACGAGAUACAAAUGGGCAGAAAAGAUGAUGAUAAUGUCUAUGAUUUUGAUGAAAUCAUCUCUGACGCUUUUGCUUACUCUAUCAGACUCAACAAAAUCCAUAUUUCCUUCUACUUAUUCAAGAAAUACGAAGAUGAUGUCUAUGGAAACAAAUUCUUAUGUAUAAAAGCCAUCUUUGAAUCUUUCAAGAAUGAUGACACUCAGAUAAAUCACGUUAUGUACCUUGAGGAAAGGCUCUUCAUUUUGGAAAAGUUCUCGAAAUAUAUCGAAUACAAAAUGGGUCUUGAGUUUUUAAACAUCAUGCAUGAUCAGGUCCUUGACGAUCCAAAGGAUAACUUUCUCGUCUACUGCCCAAAUCCGCUGAAGAUCAUAAUCCUGCUGUUGAAUAUUUCGAUAGGAAUAAAAACAAAGCAUCAAAAUCUGAAAUUUAAAGCUCAGAAGUUCAGAUCAACUCUUUGAGAUAUUGCUCACUCAGUAAUUGAUACAGCUAGCAAUAUGAACGAAGUGGAAGACCUCUUAAGAGACAAGACUUACUCAGGAAUGGAGGUCUUGGACCUCAUCGCUCAUCUAGAUAUCAUCGAAAUCCUUCAAAACACCAUGAUUGACAGUAUCAUCUCUAAUAUGUACUUCGGCCCUUACGAAAGGGAAACUUUCCUUAAGAAAAGUACUUGUUAUAAGAUCGUUGAAGAGCAAGUUAGAGAGGAGCCUGGAACAGAAGGCUUGGUGACCAGAUCUUUCAAGAUAAUCUCAUUCAAAAAUAAUUUUAAAGGUCUGAAGAAAUAUUUUAAAAUCCAAACCAAAUUAUGAAAGAAAUGUCGAAGAAAAGAUGGCAUGGCUAUUGAAAGUUUAGCCCAAGAUGAGGAAGAAGAUAACCAAGAAGGCACUGUUGGCCAUAUGUUCAUGUUCCAGAUCUGGAAGAAGUCUCUUGAUGUGCAAUACCUUAUUGAAGCUGGUGUUAUAUUUGUUAUUGCUCUCAUUUGGCUCAUUUUUGCAAACCUUGUAGUCGAGAUUACAGAAGAUAUUGAGGAUUUAAACUCUGAAAUUUCUCAGCAAAAUAGUGUUGGAGCAUCCCAGGAUGAUAUAGAUAAAAAUGUUUCUAAACUCGCAGAAUAUUCAUCAGAUUAUUUAAGAUACCUUCAUCUUUUGCUUGUAGUAAGCUCACUCACCUAUACCUAUCUUCUGAAAGAUAUAGAAGAGCAUAUUUAUUGAGCUUUGAGAUCAGUUUAUCUAAAGACUUUCUCUAAUAAAAUCCUUCUGAAUAUUGCUAAUGCAUUUUGAGUAACAUAUUGGCUCUGCUUCCACAUCUUUAGCUUCGACAAUAAUACUACAGGAAUGACGGAUACAGAGAGGGCAGAUACUAUCAUCGCAAGGAUGGACAAAGAAUCAUUAUUUGAUAUUAGAUAUACUCUCUCAAUACUGAUGACUAUCCAGCUGACUAGACUUCUGUUCACACUCCAAGUGAGCAGAACUUUUGGUCCGUUAGUCAAGAUUCUUGUGUCAAUGCUAAUGGAUGUUUUAAUAUUCAUGUUUUUAUACCUUCUACUUUUCUUAAUAUUCACUAGUGUAGGACUUUUGCUGUUCCAGGAACUCAGAGAAUUCAGUAAUAUUGGCCAUUCAGCCAAGACCUUAUUUGCAGCAUCACUAGGAGACUUCAAUUUUGACUUAUUCGAUGAUAUAAAGGAGAGUUCUCCCGAACUUGGCUAUAUUUUUCUUUCAGUGUUCUUAUUGUUCACUGCAAUCAUGUUGCUCAACUUCCUUAUUGCCAUUCUCUCAAACACUUAUGCAGAACUAAACGAUGUUAAAAAUGCUCUAUAUCUCAGAAAAGUUAUUCACCUUCGUCAAAGGUAUGAUUACGAUAGGUUGUACUCAGCAGUGGUUUUCUCGACACCACCCUUCAACAUCUUCUCGCUCAUACUAGCCCCACUAGUGAUCUACAAAAGAUCAAGAACACUGAACAGAGUGAUCCUGAUUAUUCAAUACAUCUGGGUAGGUGCCCUCUCAGUUGUAUUCUUCAGUAUUCUCUCAGUGCUGAUGAUCCCUAUCUCAUACCUAGUCCUCAUUGGUCAAAAAUUCAGAGCGAUUCCUUUGAAGCCUCUUCGUGGAAUGAAAGACAUCUGGUACAGAAUUCUAGAUUUGGUGCUAUUCAUCUUCAUUGGCAUCUUCUUCCUCCUCUUCUGGGUAGGCUUAGACAUUUUCAAUUACUCCAUGAUGCUAUUCGCCUACAAGAUCAUUUAUAUAAAUGAUUACGAGGAAGAAAGACAGGACCUUAUCAUUAAAGAGAUGGAUGGAACAAUGAAGAAGCAAGAAGACAACAAGGACUUUACAAAAUCAACCUCAAUUAGCAACACUAAAAUGCUCCAAAAGCAGUUUUAUCAUAAUAGCUCUAAGAAUAAAGGCAUGAACCCUGUGAAGGAAGGCCUGAGUAAUAAUACUCUCAAAAUUAUGAAAGCUAUCCUUAAUGUGGUUAAAGAGAUUCAUAUGAAAAAUGUGGGAGAUUCCAACCACAACCACUUUAAUGUUAACUUCAUCCCGACCAUCUGUGUUCUGGACGAGAUCAAGCAGUUCCUUCUCAUACAAGAGCAGAUAAAUACUGUGGUUCUUGGAGUUACCUACCAAAAGAGGGAAGACUUUUUCAGUGAUCCUAAGUUUGAAAAACUUGUUGAUGCUAUCCUAGCAGCUGAGCAAAGAGACAAAAUGCUAAAUGCUAUCUCAGAGGAGCCUGAAAAAGAUGAGCAAAGCACAGACAAGCGGGAAGUCGACACUCUUGGCCAGACAAAGACCCCAAUAAUUCGUAAAAGAUUCUCAGUCUGGGACGAGCAUUUCCAGCUCCCUAAAGAAACUAAAGAAGCUGAUGAUGAUAGGAGAGAGUAUUGGUCAGAGUACCUCAAAAGUUUUCUUACUAAAAGUAAUGAGAAGUGGAUCCUGGAUCAGUUCAAUCUUUGUAAGAAAUUCCUUAACCAAAACUCUAUUGUUGGACAUUACGAUGACUUCUCUCAUCCUGCCUAUGAAGAAUUCAGUCAUAUCAGAUCAAUGAAAAGGAAGUGCACUGAUUUGGACGACGUUUUGCACUCAAAAAAGCGAUUUUCAGCUUUAGUAAAGUCUAGCAGCAAGGAUGAUGCGAGCAAACAUCAACGCGAAGAUAGUAACAUUCCAGUCCAUAGAAUCUCUGAUAUAGAUCUUAGUGUCUUGAAGUGAGACAUCAACUCUUUACUGAGAACUCUAGAAGAAAUCCAGAAUAAAGUCAAAAUGAACAUGAUCCUUUCUUGUAACGGAGAAGAAAUUCGAAAAGAAGAUCUUUCAAAAACCCAAGUGAAUAACGAGAAAUUCGUCAGACAACAAUUCAGCAUGAUCAACUUUGGUAGAAAUUUCACUGCCGUAGAAUACUCCCUCAAUAACCCAUCAGACCCAUUAAAUAAAUUUAAGUUGAGAUAA